AUGCUUUUUGUGCCUAAGAUUGCAUUGAUGCUUGCCGCAUAUGGAUCUAUCGCUUCCGCCUACCAGCUUACCGCUUGUACUGACACGCAGUGCAGCGAGAACUGCAAGGUCAUUACGAACGACGAUGUUUCCUCUACCAGCUCCUGCAAUGAUUUUGGUUUCUUCGUUAAGAGUAUCGAGUGGUGGGAUACUCUCAACACUUUCAAUGGAUGGGCAUCAGCUGGAUGUAGUGGUGGACCGGGAGAUGAAGAUGUCUGGAUCACCGAUCACCGAUGGAAAUAA